GAUACUUACGCACACACUUAAAGAGUCUCUUUGUCAAAAUUAUCAGAACGCGACCGAUUUCGGAUGUUCCUCGUCUACUCUUCCUAUGCAUCACGCUCGCUUGUGUGAGGAAGCACUUGUUGACUGUAAAUAAUAGGAUUGAAAUUUGAACAUUUAUUUACGGCAUGCAGAUUGAUUGAUUGUAUCAUGAGCUGAAAUUCGGAGUGUCGUUAAAAUCCAUUUUCCCUGAGGUGACAACAGAAUCCCGUAAUUCUGUUGAGAAAACUGCUUCUAUUAUCGACCGUCGACCGCUUUGUUAACCAAGACUGCGAGAGUCACGAUGGCUGCGAGAGGUAUUCACAGUCUGAGAUUCAAUCAGGAUCAAGGUUGUUUUACCUGCUGCAUGGAGUCAGGAGUGAGGAUCUACAAUGUCGACCCGCUGGUCGAGAAGGCGCAUUUCGAUAACGAAUUAAUGGGAAGCAUCUCCAUGGCCGAGAUGCUCUGGAGGACGAACGUGAUCGCCGUGGUGGGCGGUGGGAAUCGUGCUAAAUUCGCCGACAACACGGUUCUGAUCUACGACGAUCUGUUGAAGAAGUUCGUUAUGGAAGUCACCUUUACCAGUCUCAUCAAAGCGGUCAGAUUGCGAAGGGACAAAAUGAUAGUGGCGCUACAGCGAGAGAUCCACGUAUUUUCGUUUCCCACGCCCGUUCGAAGAUUGCUGACGCUCGAAACGAGAGACAAUCCAACGGGUUUGGUGGAAAUAGCGACGUUCGCGACGGCGCAGAGACAGUUGCUGGCCUUUCCCGGCCACAAACUCGGCAGCGUACAAUUGGUGGACCUUGGAGCCACUGAGGCUGGUAGUUCCAGUGCUCCCGUUACUCUUUCAGCACAUCAGGGUGCACUGGCGUGUCUGGCAGUUAAUGGAAAUGGGACAAUGAUCGCGACUGCAUCUGUUCAGGGGACACUAAUCAGAGUGUGGGACUCUGUACGCAGGAGUUUACUGGUUGAAUUGAGGCGCGGUGCCGAUCCUGCUACGCUCUACUGCAUAACGUUUAGCAGAGACUCGGAAUUCUUGUGCGUCUCGAGCGAUAAAGGGACAGUGCACAUAUUUGCCCUGAAAAACACCAGCUUGAAUCGACGAUCCACUUUUUCAAACAUGGGUUUCCUGGGCAAUUACGUCGAGAGUCAGUGGGCCUUGGCUACCUUCACAGUACCCCCGGAAUGCGCCUGCGUUUGCGCGUUUGGUACACACAAUUCUGUGAUAGCUGUAUGUAUGGACGGAACGUUUCACAAGUACGUCUUCACCGCGGAAGGCAAUUGCAAUCGACAGGCGUUCGACGUCUUCCUUGACGUGUGCGACGACGACGAUUUUUAACACAAGGCCUAUUACGCCGUGCCUACUACGUGUGCGUGUGUGUGCGCAUAGCUACCAGGCUUGCAAAUGUACUUGCGAUGAAAUUUCUAGUCCGUCUGCGAACGAAAUUUCGUGUUUAUGUGAUACAAAUUGUACAGGUAAUCGAAUCGCCGAUUACGUGGAAAGUGCACAAGUCAUGGGAAAGUCAAUAUCCUAUAGUGUCCUCGAAUACGACCUCUUUUUUUGUGUGGCUUAUGUACUUUCCAUAAUUAAUUAUACAGUUUUAAUAAAUAUCGACAGACAUUUAUUUUGUACAACAAA